AUGGUAUCGGUAGAGAAUAAUCCUCCAACGGCGGCGGUUGCGGCAUCUUGCUCGCCGGGAGUUGAAAUCGAGAUAAUCGACGCUGUAGCUGUAGCGAAGAAGAAGCGGAAUCUCCCGGGGAUACCAGAUCCGGCAGCGUUGGUGAUCGUUCUGUCGCCGAAAUCGCUUCUAGCAACAAACCGAUUCCCGUGCGAGAUCUGCAACAGAGGAUUCAAACGAGACCAGAACCUUCAGCUUCAUCGACGCGGCCACAAAUUGCCUUGGAAGCUCCGGCAGCGGACGAGCAAUGAGAUUCGAAAACGAAUCUACGUCAAGCUCAGCCUGCUGGACCUCAUGAUUCUCAAACAAAAUUAUCGUGAGAUUCACAUGUGA